CACCCGUCUUCGCUUUGUGCAUCAUCGUCACUGAAACUGCAUCGUCGUAGUUAAGGGAGGUGCCAGCAAUGGUCUCGUUUACGGAUACUCGUCUAUCGCAUGGAGCAAGGCACGUGUCUUCCACAUUUGAUGUUACGUUGACGCAGGCUAUGACGACACAAGGACGACACAGCUCCAAUGACCUAACUGUGCCAUCUAUAAGAGCACCGGUUGCUCAAGAAGACGUAACAAUUGACCUGGAAACUCUAACACAGCUGAUUUCCGUCGUUCCACACUGAUAAAGACUCAUUGCAAGCACGCCAUCACAAUGUCUCUCACAGGCAACAAAUUCGACCCCAAUACGGACAUUCCAGACCUGAAGGGAAAGGUCUACGUCGUAACUGGUGGCUCCGCAGGCAUCGGCUAUGGCAUCGUGGCUCACCUCCUCCAGCACAACCCUGAGAAGAUAUACCUCUUGUCUAUGAAGGAAGAACACGCACAAGAGGCGCUCGAGGACCUCAAGGAAUGGGGCGACACCAGCAAAGUUGAAUGGAGACAGUGCAACCUUGAAUCCUUCAAGCAAACCGACGAAGUUGCCUCAUCCUUGGCCAAGGAGCUUGACAGACUUGACGCCCUCAUCUGCAACGCUGGCUUGGGCGUGGGGGUAUACAAUGUAUCAGGAGAUGGACUGGACACGCACAUGCAGGUCAAUUUCUUCAGCCAGGUUCAUUUGGCACUCACACUCCUUCCCAUCCUCCAGAAAACAACGGACUCUCGACUUGUUUUCCAGUCCUCGGAAUUACAUCGAAUGACACCUUCUUCGGUCAAGUUCGCUUCCGUCGAGGAGAUUAACCAGGACAUCGGACCGUCGUAUCUGUACAAUCGCAGCAAGCUGGCAAUGAUCCUUUUUGUUCGCGAAUUGGUCAAGCGCAUCGAGGCUCAGCAGUUUGGUCCUGUAACCAAAGACAAGGGAGAGCCAUGGAUCAAUGCUACGCAUCCGGGAGGAGUCGCGACUGAUCAGCAGAAACAGGCCGAGGAUGCUUAUGGCCUGUUGGGCACCAUAGGUGUGAAGGCUGUCAGGCCCUUCAUGAAAGAUCCUGUGAAGCAAGGGUGCAGGCCCAUUCUCUUCGCAGCGACAAGUCCAGAUGUAGUCAAAGAGGAGAUUCAAGGACAAUAUAUCGUCCCGGACCGCAAGCUAACGGAGCCAAGCUCGCAAGCGAUGGACCCGGAGCUGGCUCGGAAUCUGUGGAAUCUCACAAAGGAGGUGCUGCAAACAAAGAUUGGCAACUUGAGCUAUAAAAUGUGAAUUGGUUAGGAAGGUGGUCCACAUGAAUAAUUCCGGAUCGUUCUGAGUUUCCGUAGAAAGUUAGUCAAAAUAUGUCUACCCCCGCUUAAAUUCGGGAGAUUUCCCACCCCGCA